GCCGUCUGGACUCUUUGUGACGUCACAUUGUUCCACGCACGCCAUCUGCUUGUCGCAUUAGCGGCGGCUUUAACACUUCCACACUCCUCCUGCCUCCUUUCGCCCACUACGCCCUGAGUUCGCGGUCCUACUUUUUUGUUGGGAGCUCGAGCGGCGGGGAGAAGUCAUCCAAGAUGCUCUCCCUCGACACCCCGACGCUCCUUCCUCAUGUGCGGCCGAGUUCUGGGUCAUGUUUGAAACAUUGGUGCUGUUAAGGAGAGCAGAAGAUGAAAACGCCGCCGACUGAGGAGCUGAAACCGCCGAAUCGGACUCCAGCAGGAUGUCAACAUCUGGCAUCGGGCUCCUCACCCGGCAGGCCCGUCAGCAGCACCAGCAGCGUCUCUUAGUCAUGAACUUGCAUCUGUUGGCCAACCCUGGAGACUCUCGGCUGCUGCAGCACAGUCUGGACCGUCUUCUCCGCUGGCUGUGCCCGAGUCUUCACAUCUUCCACGUGUCCGAGAGGGCCUCGCCUCAUAGAGGCUGUGCUCGCGUCUGUCCUGCAGCUGUCUCGCCGUCUGUGGCCAUCACCUUCUUCCUCCAUGAGGCGUACGGAGAGGAGCGCAUCCUCAAAGUCCUGGACUUCUUCCAGCGGCCGCCCUGGCAGUAUCAUCACGCCGAGAGCGGCGGGACAGACGGCUCGCCCGUCCAGGCCCCGCUGCGGCCCUACCUGCUGCCCGGCCGGGACUUCUACAGCCUGGGUGCGGGGAUGCCCGUGUGGGGGGUCCGGCCCGUGCACUGCGGCGGGGAGGUCCUUCGCGUGACGCUGUACAGCGGCUACGACAACUACGAGGACGCCGUGCGUUUCUACGAGACGGUGCUGCAGCAACGGGCCGAGGAGCAGAAGACGGGCUUCUGCUGGUUCACCCUUCACGCUGAGCCGGGACUCUGCCUGCAGCUGGCACUGAAACAACUGUCAGCGGGCGUGCGAGUGGAGCCGUGUAACUCCGCUGUGCUGCAGUUCGGCGUGGAGGAAAUGGGUCAACUGGUCCCUCUGCUGCCUAACCCUUGUACGCCAAUCAGCAGCUGUCGUUGGCAGACGGAAGACUUGGAUGGAAACAAGGUCCUCUUCCAGGUGAAAACCCCGGUUCAGCCUCGGCGACCUUUGACCUGUGCUUUCCCGCUGAGCUGCCCCAGCGUGUCUCCGCGAGCCGUGCAGCUGAAGACCGUGGGACUCAUCAACCCGAGUCUGUCGCCGAGCAACCUCAUCGUCCCCCCCGCCUGGCAGAACCACAGGCAUGGGCUCCGAGCCGCCAGUGAAUCUGCUCUAGAGAAAGUUCACGGGGCCGAGAGCCAAGGAUCAGGAAGUUGCUGCAGCACACCUCCUGGCAGCUCCUGCUACUCCUCGCAGCGCAGCAGCCCCGCCCCCCCACCCGCCUCACACCCGCCCGACUCCCCUCUGCGGCCGUGCCUCACCCGCUCGCUCUCCCACCUGCUGCUGGAGGAGGACGAGGAGGAGGGGGAGACCAACGUGGAUACGGGCGUGGCCGUGGCCGCCAUACCUCGCUCUUCUUCCGUGGAGCUUUUGAACGCCGCUGGGCUCGGAGGAUCCUCCGGGAAGUGGCGCGGAGGCGUACCGGGCUCCUGCUACGCACACGCAGACAGGACUCGGCCGCCGCCGUCUCACAGGAACAUGGCGGAGCAAGUGGAGUUCUUUAUCUGACACGGCCAGUGAGCAGAAGACAGUAAAUUGAAUGCAAUCCCUGACCUGGUCCAUCGAAGGCGUUGCUGGCCCCGUCGUUAUGGUCCCCCUCGUAAAAAGCCAGGCGGAUGUCUGCGGCUCCCUCGGGGGCCUCCCGGAACA